GCGUAGAUUUGAGUUGGUUUCAUUUUCGCGCAUUUCUAACAAGAAUUAUAUCACGUCAAGCACUGUAAAACCGAAAGUAAAGACUUGCGGAAACCUCUUUUUGAGGCUUUCACAGACUGACAGCUGCUUCUUUUGAAUGAGGUGAAGAAGAUCAGUAGUGCUUCUGCAAUGAGUGUCAAGGAGAUGGAGGAGGACACUGCAGCAUCUCCAGUAUCCAGCUGUGUGUCUAUGAAGAGUAAUGAGGCAAUAGUUAUUCUGCCUAAUCUCAGUGAUGAAACACUGACAAUUGACCCUGGUAUUCAGAGGGAUGUUCUGAUCCAGAUUCAGUCCAGAUGUGGAGUUUGUGAGCAGGUUCAGACAGAUGCAGUCUCUAUCACCUGUGGACACAGUUUCUGCAGACACUGUAUCAACCAUUACUGGGACCAGACCAGAACAUCAGAAGACUUUGACUGUCCUCAAUGUAGAAAGAGAUCAAAAACACGUCCUGUUCUACAAUCACACAAACACAUGGAGGAAUCUAGUUCUGCUCACCGCUGCACAGAAUCAGACCUGCUGGAGGAGACUGAAGACCAUCAGCAGGAUUCACAUCAACCAGUGGAUGAUGUUCUGCAGAGAGUGAAAGACAAACACAAAACCAGCAUGAAGAACAAGUAUGAGAGUUUAUUUGAGGGAAUCAAAGUACAAGAGAAUCAAACCCUCCUGAAGAGAAUUUACACACAGCUGUACAUCAUAGAAGGAGAGAGGGAAGGAGUGAAUGAAGAACAUGAGGUUUUACACAUGGAGAAAAAGCCCCGAACACAACACUUACAAGACACUCCAAUCUACUGCAAUGACAUCUUUAAAGCCUUACCUGAAGCACAAUAUCAAAGAGAGAAAAUCAAGAGUGUUCUUACUAAAGGCAUCGCUGGAAUUGGAAAAACAGUCUCUGUGCAGAAGUUCAUUCUGGAUUGGGCCGAGGGAACGGCCAAUCAGGACGUAGAUUUCAUCUUUGUGCUUCCAUUUCGAGAGCUCAACUUGAUCCAAUACGAUCGCUACAGUCUUCACAAACUUCUGCUGGACUUUCAUCCUGAACUUCAAGAUCUAAACUCAAAGAUUUAUGAUGCGUGUAAAGUUGUGUUCAUCUUUGAUGGUCUGGAUGAAAGCAGAAUGACGCUGAUGUUUUCAGAUGACUGUGAGAAAGUUUGUGAUGUGACUGAGGCUUCAUCAGUGUCUGUGUUGAUGUCAAACCUCAUGAAAGGUGAUCUGCUUCCCUCUGCUCUCAUCUGGAUCACCUCCAGACCAGCAGCAGCCAAUCAGAUCCCCUCCAAAUACAUCCAGCGUGUGACAGAAAUCCAGGGAUUCAAUGAUGCUCAGAAGGAGGAAUAUUUCAGGAAGAGAAUCAGCGAUGAGCAUCAAGCCAGCAGAAUCAUCUCACACAUUAGAAGAGCGAGAAGCCUCCACAUCAUGUGUCACAUACCAGUCUUCUGUUGGAUCUCAUCCACUGUGCUUGAAAACAUCCUGAAACAAGACAACGAGAGAGCAGAAAUCCCUCAAACUCUGAGUGAAAUGUACAUCCAUUUCCUGCUGAUUCAGAUGAAGAUGAAGAAUCAGAAGUAUGAUCCAGAGAGAGAUCCAGAGAAACUCCUGCAGUUUAACAGAGAAGUGAUUGUGAAACUGGCUGAAGUGGCUUUCAAACAGCUGAUGAAGGGCAAUGUGAUGUUCUAUGAGGAUGAUCUGAGAGAGUGUGGGAUAGACGUCACUGACAUUGCCUCACUGUAUUCUGGCAUCUGCACUCAGAUCUUUAAGGAGGAAUCUGUCAUUCGUCAGAGGAAAAUCUACUGCUUUAUGCAUCUCAGCUUUCAGGAGUUCCUUGCUGCUCUCUAUGUGUUUUACUAUUACAACAGCCUAGGCACUUCACAGUUUUUUGAUGUAACUUAUACUGUACUGAAAGGUGCAGUGGAUAAAUCCCUUCAGAGUAAAACUGGUCAUCUGGAUCUUUUCCUGCGAUUUCUGCUGGGCAUCUCACUGGAGUCCAGUCAGAGACUCUUACAGGGUCUACUGACACACACGGUGGACACCUCAGAGAGCAUCAGAGAAACUAUUACAUAUAUCAAAGACAAGAUCAAAGAUGGUCGGGAUUUCUCCACUGAACGAUCCAUCAAUCUGUUCCUGUGUCUGCUUGAAGUGAAUGAUCAGACUCUGUACAGAGAGAUUGAGGAGUUUGUGAGAUCAGACAAACACUCAGAGAAGAAACUCUCUGUUGCUCACUGUUCAGCAAUAGCCUACAUGCUUCAGGUAUCAGAGGAGGUGAUGGAUGAGUUUGAUCUGAAGAAAUAUAACACAACAGAGGAGGGCAGAAGAAGACUCAUACCAGCUGUCAACAACUGCACAAGAGCUCUUCUUGCUGACAGUAAACUUACUCAUCAGUGUUGUGAAAUCAUCGCUUCAGCUCUCCAAUCAUCAAACUCUCCUCUGAGAGAACUGGAUUUGAGUAACAAUGACCUGCAGGAUUCAGGAGUGAAGCUGAUCUCUGAUGCUCUCAAGAGUCACAACUGUCAACUACACAUACUGAGGUUGUCAGGUUGUAUGGUGAGCGAUGAAGGAUGCCGUUAUUUGGCUUCAGCUCUGAGUUCAAACCAGUCACACCUGAGAGAGCUGGAUCUGAGCUACAAUCACCCACAACACUCAGGAGUUCAGCUGAUCUCUCAUCUAAAUGAUCCAAACUACACACUGGAGACACUCAAUUUGGACCAUGGAGGAGAGAGCAGGAUUACACCAGGACUACGAAAAUACGCUUGUGAUUUCACAAUGGAUCCAAACACAGCAUACCCUCAACUUGUUCUAUCUGAGGGGAACAGAAAGGUCACACGUGUGAAAGAGUCUCAGCCAUAUCCUGAUCAUCCAGACCGAUUUGAUUACUAUUGUAAUGUUUUGUGUAGAGAGAGUUUGACUGGACGCUGUUACUGGGAGGUUGAAUGGAACGGACAAGGAGCUCGUACUUCAGUGGUUUAUAAAGGAAUCAGCAGGAAAGGCAUGAGCAAGGACUGCUGGUUUGACUACAGUGAAAAUUCCUGGAGUUUGACCUGCACUCCUAAAAGAUUCACUGCCUGUCACAACAGUAAUAAAACAGACAUUCCUGCUCCAUCACCUCUCUCUAAUAGAGUAGGAGUGUAUGUGGACUGUCCGGCCGGCACUCUGUCCUUCUACAGCGUCUCUGACACACACACACUCACACACUUACACACAUUCAACACAACAUUCACUGAACCACUCUAUGCUGGACUUAUGAUUUAUCCAGACUCAUAUGUGAUGUUGCUGUGAUCCUCUUAAACAUACCUGUUAUUAUGCUUGCCAACUUUGUCACUAUGAAAUACGGGAUAAAAGCUUUUCGAUUCUUUUUCAAUUCUUACUGUAGUUUAAAAAUGAUCAAAUGAAUGAACAAAUUUCUGUUCAGUUCUAAGAGCCCUGUGUUUAACUCAUUCACACAGACACAUACAUAAACUUUGCGAAUAAAUAACAAAAUAUAAUGAAAAGUAUGUGUUUGUUUUCACAACUAAAACAAUGCCACAGCAAACCACAACAUUUGUGAGAUGUUUUACAAUGCCAUUUCAUAGUGUUUUUUGUAGUAAACAGCCUUCUUACUAUCUAAACAUCAAAGUUUUGUCAACAGUCGGUUAUGUCUCUGAAGGUAAACU